AUGUACAGAGAAUCACCUCUUCAUUCAUUAUGCAGCAUUCUGACAAUUUCAUUUGCUCAACUUGGUUACGGCACUUAUUCAGAUCCAGAUUUUCCAGAAAAAAAAGGAUAUCUUAAAACUUUCAACACUCGAGAUUGCAAAGGUCCUUUUGAUAAAGAAGCUUUUAAAAAAGUGGAUCGUGUUUGUGAAGAUUGUUACUACCUGUUUAGAGAUAAUCAUAUAUACGACAAUUGCACAAGAGAUUGUUUUUACCAUGAGUAUUUCAAGGGAUGCAUGCAAACAUUGCAAUAUAAUACAAAACCGGAAAUUGAUGAAAUGGAUGAAUUAAGAAAAAGACUUAACACACCUACUGACAAUAGUAAACCAGAAAUAGCAGUUCUCUAA